AUGGCAGGGGAAAAUCACGUCUAUAAACGAGUUCAUGGAACUGGUGACUCUUCCAAUAUACCAGAAAACCAAUUUAUACCAGCUCAUGCAGCAUUUGAUGAAGAAAAUGACGGAUUACUUCCAGUGUCAAUGCAGGAUGUUUCUCGCAACCCCACAAUGAAACCUUCUUCAAGUAAUAGUUUGCCAGCAAAAGAUCGUAAGGCUUUCAUUGUUCUUGUCAUAUUAUAUCUUCUUCAAGGUGUACCAGUAGGUCUUGCCUUUGGAUCAAUUCCAUUUCUACUCAAGGCAAAACUUCUGUAUUCUCAAGUUGGAAUCUUUUCAUUAGCUGCAUAUCCAUAUUCGUUAAAAUUACUUUGGUCCCCAAUAGUGGAUGCCAUUUAUUCCCCCAAGGUUGGUAGAAGAAGAUCUUGGAUUAUCCCUAUCCAAACUAUUUCUGGACUUACAUUAUUAUAUCUUGGUCUGGUGAUUGAUCUGUACGUACUGGACCCUGCACAAAAUCUUACAACUAUAACAUUUUGCUUUUUCCUUUUAGUAUUCUUUUGUGCCACUCAAGAUAUUGCCGUUGAUGGUUGGGCUUUAACAUGUUUAUCCCCAGAGGCUUUAUCUUUUGCAUCUACCGCUCAAACAAUUGGUAUUAAUGCCGGUUAUUUCUCAUCAUUUACAAUUUUUUUGGCAUUAAGUUCUCCAGAUUUUGCCAAUAAAUAUAUUAGAUCCACUCCAAUAGAUGAAGGAUUAUUCCUGCUUGGUCUGUAUCUUAACUUUUGGGGUUGGAUGUACCUCAUAGUGACUGGUGUUCUUUUACUUAUUCCAGAAGAUCCACCACAUUUGGCUAAAUUAAAUCAAGCCAAAUUAGAAGAUGAAAAGGCAAGAGUUGAAAAAUGUUAUAAUAAUUCAAGUUCAAAUUGGUCAGCACUUAAAAAUGUAUAUUUUUCAAUGUAUCAAGUAUUGAAAUUACCAAAUGUUCAAACAUUUGUGGUUAUUUUACUUUUUGCUAAACUUGGAUUUCAAGCUAAUGAAGCGGCUACAAAUUUAAAGUUAUUAGAGAAAGGGUUGUCUAAAGAGGAUUUAUCUAUUACUGUAUUGAUUGAUUUCCCCUUUGAAAUGAUAUUUGGAUACUAUGCUGGUCGUUGGUCUAAUGGGAAAAGUCCUUUGAAACCAUGGUUAUUUGGAUUUGCCGGGCGUUUAGUAGCUGCAGCAUUUGCACAAUUGAUCGUUCUUUAUUUCCCAUCUGAUGGUAAACUCACAUCUUCUUACUUUUUACUUAUUAUUGUGCAACAUCUUUUAUCUUCCUUCAUGUCAACUAUUCAAUUUGUUUCGUUAUGUGCAUUCCAUACAAAGAUUGCUGACCCAGCUAUCGGUGGAACAUAUAUGACUACUCUUAACACUUUAUCAAACUAUGGAGGAACUUGGCCAAGAUUGAUAAUUUAUUAUUUGAUUGAUAAGUUCACAUACAAUGAAUGUAUUGUUAACGAGAAAUCUGUCGAUAUUGCUGCCGGAGUAACAGUUGAAGGGUUUAAGGAACAAUGUAAAACUUUAGGUGGAGAAGUUCUCACAUUAAGAGAUGGUUACUACUACACAAACUUUAUUUGCGUCACUCUUGGUGUAGUUAUAUUAUUGUGGGUGAAACGGAAGGCCACAUAUUUACAAAGUUUACCCAGUAGCGCAUGGAGAGUUGUUAGAGAAGAUUAG